AAUAUCGAUGUUCAUCUCAUCAGCUCAGAAGAGGUUUUUACCCGCUAUUCGACCCACCCUUCUGUAGGUUUAGAGCCUGCUGCGGUACAACGAAAGUCCAAGGAUGGCAAAAAUGUCUUUUCGCCUCCGCGAACGCAAUAUUGGAAGAAGGCCUUGAACUACAUAUUUGGAGGUUUUAACUUCCUUAUGUGGAUUGCGUUCAUCGUUACUAUAUUGUCAUACGAACCGCUGGGGGGUCAAAGUCCUGCCGUCUUCAACCUUGGCGUUGCUGUCCUUUUGAUGUUGGUGAUAAUCGUGUCCGCGACGUUUUAUGCGUUCGUGGAUUGGAAUGCCUCGCGAAUAAUGAAGUCUAUCAAGUCGCUUAUCGCCCAAGAGGCCGUGGUCAUAAGAGACGGUAAACAGCAGAUCAUACCAGCUGCAGACGUCGUCGUAGGAGACAUUGUUGUGCUCAACUCUGGUGAUCGUGUGCCAGCAGAUCUGAGGCUUGUCCAAGUCUCUUCUGAUCUUCGAUUUGAUCGUUCACUGUUGACUGGAGAAAGUGAUAUGAUUCCAGGUGUUAUAGACGCCACAUCUGACAACGUACUUGAGACUCGCAACCUUGCCUUGACAUCCACAUUUGUCGUGCAAGGGACAUGUGCCGGAGUCGUCUUUGCUACCGGCGAUAGAACAGUAAUGGGUCGCAUUGUUUCCAUGUCUGGAGAGACAAAAUUUAAGAUGACUACCAUCCAAAAAGAGGUCUGGUUUUUCACGAAGAUCAUCUCUGGUCUUGCAUUAUCGUUGUUCGGUAUAUCUAUCCUCCUUUGGGGUGUGUGGCUCAGGACGAGUUAUCCUGGCUACGAAUCUGCCAGUAUUGCCAUCGUCAAUUCCAUAGGGUGUCUUACGGCGUUUGUACCGCAGGGUCUUCCCGUAUGUGUUGCAUUAUCCUUGACUGUCGUCGCGAGGCGAAUGGCGAAAAGACACGUCCUUGUCAAAAACCUUGCGACUAUAGAAACGCUUGGGUGCAUGUCUGUGCUGUGCUCUGACAAGACUGGCACCCUGACUGCUGGAAAGAUGUCCGUUGAACACGUUUCGUUCCUCGACCACAGCCUGAGCACUGCGGACAUAUUCGACAGAAUAAUUGACACUCCAGAACCUCAUUUAUUCUCCGCACUGAGGGCCUUGCACGUGGUGGCAAGGCUCUGCAACGGUGCUAGGUUCGAUGCUGCGACUGACAAUCUGCCCGUUGAAGAGCGCAUUGUCAAGGGCGAUCCCACAGAUACAGCUGUUCUCCGCUUUUCAGAGUCAAUGUUCAUCCCUAGUCUCGGUAUAGACACCACAACUCUGUUAUCUUUGUGGAAGAAGGUCUUCGAGAUCCCUUUCAACUCGAAAAACAAAUGGAUGAUGACGGUCGUAAAUCAAGGUGCAGCCAAUGCUUCUGAGAAAGGUUCCGAACCAUGGAUGCUCGUUAAAGGUGCCCCCGAUGUACUGUUCCCCUCUUGCGAAAGCAUCAUGAAUAUGGAUGGUAGCGUCGUACCUUUUGCUGGAGAAGCGAGAGACAGUCUAUCUGCUCUGCAAAACGAAUGGUCUAGUCGAGGACAGCGCGUGCUUGCACUUUGCCGGAAGCAGGUGCACGGCUUCAAACCGAACCUGUCACCCAACGAUAUGGAAGAGGCGAUGUACGCUGAGAUGCAUGGGUUGACCUUGGUUGGAGUCAUCGGUAUUCGUGAUCUCCCUCGCCCUGAUGUUCCUUCUGCCAUUGUAACGAUCAGGAGAGCGGGAGUCAGAGUAUUCAUGGUCACGGGCGACUUCAAGCUUACUGCCGUGGCCAUUGCACGCCAGGUUGGCAUCGUCACGCAGGAUCGUCUUGAUACUAUCAACGAUGUCAGGGCUUUUGCUUCCACCAAAGAGCUGUCAGGCCUUCCACCUUCCGCGCUCAAGCCGUUAGAUGAUGAGCCCAUUCGAUCGCUCGUGUUGACCGGAGACGACGUUGCCUCGCUUGGACCUGAAGACUGGAAUGUAAUUGUUACUAAGUACACCGAGAUUGUAUUUGCACGUACGACUCCCGAUCAAAAGCUAAAAAUUGUAGAGGAAAUUAAAGCUCGAGGAGACAAUACUGUGGCGGUUACAGGAGAUGGGGUCAACGAUGCACCUGCUUUAAAGGCUAGCGACAUUGGUGUUGCGAUGGGAAGCGGCAGUGACGUUGCUAAAGAAGCAGCUUCCUUGAUCCUCCUCGACAACGACUUCUCCUCCAUUCCUGUCGCUAUAGAAAUGGGGCGUCUAGUAUUCGAUAACCUAAAGAAAGUUAUUCUGUACCUCAUGCCCGCGGGCACGUACACAGAAUUCAUGACUGUGUUUGCAAAUGUCUUUUUAGGCAUGCAGAUAGCCCUGAGUUCUUACCUCCAAGUCUGUUUCUCGAUUACGAAUGACGUAGUAAUGUCAAUUUCGUUGAUGUACGAAAAACCUGAAGCAGUCGUAGAUCUCAUGCUUCGCAAGCCACGCAAUGCAAGGACUGACCGCUUAACAGACUGGCGUUUCUUCUUUCAAAUAUAUUUGUUUAUAGGCCUAAUGAUGUGGCCGUGUGCCAUGAGCAUGUGGUUCUUGUACAUGCAUCAGCAUGGCCUCAAAUUCUACGACGUCAUACUGGUUUAUAACAACUGGGCCGAUGGCUGGAAGGGUUACCCACUUGCUCAGUUAAACCACUUCGUCAGCGUUGGUCAAUGCAUCUAUUAUGUUAGUAUUGUUUUCAUGCAAUAUGGCGGUCUGCUCUCUGUGCGUAAUCGUCGCGUGUCGAUCUUAGACUCGAACCCUUUGUGGGGUCCCCGUCGUAACUUUGCCGUCCCUGUGGGCAUGAUGGCAACAGCUCUAAUUGCACUCGUCAACUUGUAUGGCCCUGGGUUGAACCGUGUAUUCGGGACCACCGCUAUACCAGGGAUGUUUUGGGGUAUUCCGUUCUGCUUUGCCCUGGGAAUCUUAUUGAUGGACGAGACGAGAAAAGCCAUUGUUAGGAAUUAUCCCCAAUCAAUCGUUGCCAAGAUGGCCUGGUAACAGGCAGCCACUUUCUUUCAUUCCUCGAGUUUGCUGUAUAACAACCAGUCGUUCCCAUGUACCAAGUCUUUCUUGUCAUAUUGUGAAAUAAAUUACGACUUUGUAAUCCAA